AUGCAUCAAAUAGAGCAUUAUUAUGGAUUCGUAUUAGCCUUAGGAGCCAUAUUGUUGUCUAGGCAUACAUUUGGUGCUCAUAGCCAUAUCAUAAACGACCUAACAUUGGGUUUUACUCGUCUUCCUUUCAACAAAACUUAUUAUGUCAACCAUAAACCUUAUAAUCUUCCUCUUGAGGACAGAUAUAGCUUAAUCAAUGGAGUUCACAAAUUAUGGGUGUUCUCCACUGAUGAACCUUUAUAUCAAGGCAGUACUACUAAUCCACGAUCAGAGUUAUUUAUCAAUGGUUACAAAUAUUCUACUGGUGUUUGGCAAUUUGAAGCACAUGCGUUUGUGCCAAACGGUACCAGUGGUGUGAGCUUGAUGCAAGUGUUCGGAGGAGAUCCUCAUUCUACAACAUUGAUGGUUCGAGUGUAUGAUGGAAAUCUCUACUACUAUCGAGAAAAGGUUAUUUUUCGUAAUAUAUACGAUAAAUGGUUUCGUCUAAAUGUCAUCCAUGAUGUUGAAGGUAACAGCGUUAAAGUCUAUAUAAAUGGGGUUCUCAAGUUCAAGGGGCAUGGUCGAGGAGGAACGACUCAUUAUUUUAAAUGCGGAGUCUACGCACAAGACUGUGAUUCGUUUUAUAUGGAGUCUCGAUGGAAGAAUAUCAAAAUUUUAGAGAAAUGUAAUUGA